AUGUCCGCUAUCGAGCAGCGUCACGGAAAGAAGAACAUCCUCGCCGAGCACGAUGACGAUGUCGUCAUUGUCUCGGCCCUCCGAACUGCCAUCACCAAGGGCAAGAAGGGCGGUCUCUCGCAGUGUGCCCCCGAGGAGAUGCUCGGCUGGACCCUCAAGGGUGUCAUCGCCGAGUCCAAGAUCGACCCCAAGCUCAUCCAGGAUGUCGCCGUCGGCACCGUCCUCGCUCCCGGCGGUGGCGCCACUCAGGUCCGCAUGGGCGCUCUCUGGGCCGGAAUCCCCAACACUGCAGGCUGCAACAGCUUGAACCGUCAGUGCUCGUCGGGUCUCGCUGCCGUCAACCAGAUCGCCAACCAGAUCGCCCUCGGUCAGAUCGACAUUGGCAUUGGCUCGGGUGUCGAGUCCAUGACCCUCAACUACGGUGCCGGUGUCAUGCCUGCCAAGAUGUCCGACGCCGUCAUGGAGAACGACGAGGCCUCCGACUGCCUCAUGCCCAUGGGUAUCACUUCCGAGAACGUCGCCAAGAAGUACAACAUCGACCGAAAGAAGCAGGACACCUUCGCCGCCGAGUCGUUCGCCAAGGCCGCCGCUGCCCAGAAGGCCGGCAACUUCAAGAGCGAGAUUGUCACCGUCAAGUACACUGACGACGACGGCAACGAGCGCAGCAUUGACGCCGACGACGGAAUCCGUGAGGGUGUCACCGUCGAGUCGCUCUCCAAGCUCAAGCCCGCCUUUGCCAAGGACGGCUUCACCCACGCCGGUAACGCUUCGCAGGUCAGUGACGGUGCCGCCUCCGUCCUCCUCGCUCGCCGCAGCGCUGCCAAGAAGCACGGUCUGCCCAUCAUUGGCAAGUUUGUCACCUGCGCCGUCGUCGGUGUGCCCCCCAACAUCAUGGGUGUUGGUCCCGCCUACGCCAUCCCCCGUCUCUUUGAGCUCACCGGCCUCAACAAGGACGACAUUGACAUCUACGAGAUCAACGAGGCCUUCGCUUCGCAGGCGCUCUUCUCGGUCGAGCACGUCGGCAUUGACAAGAAAAAGGUCAACCCCAAUGGUGGUGCGAUCGCCAUGGGUCACCCUCUCGGAGCCACGGGCGCACGACAGAUCGCCACUGCCCUCGCUGAGGCCAAGCGCCAGGGCGGCAAAAAGCUCAUCGUCACCUCGAUGUGUGUCGGUUCCGGGAUGGGCGCGGCCAGUCUGAUCGUUUCAGCUUGA